AUGGCAUUCUUGAAUGGCUUAUACCUAUUGAACUGGGGCGAGGCUACUAGCCAUGGGUAUCAACUCGUACGGCGGGUCGGCGCCCCAGCCAAUCAUAACGCUAUCCACCACUUCAAACUUCUCCCAUUACAAUACGACGCUAUUGCCAGCCUGAUCGAUCACCAUUUGGCGCGAGUCAUUUCGUACCUGGAAUCCACGGGAGAACUCGACAACACAUUGGUCCUGUUCAUGUCCGACAAUGAUGCAGAGGUGAAACUGCUCGAAGUGCUGCCCGCGAUGGCCGGCGUGCCACCGGUCCAAGUAAUCAGAGAGUUCUACAACAACGAGCUUGAACAUCUCGGAAACGUGGAUUCGUUCGUCUGGCAUGGACCGCGGUUGGCGUGCGCCGCAACGGCACCGAGCAAAGGAUACAAAGCCCAGGCCAGCGAGGGAGGCAUCCACUGUCCUUCCAGCGAGGAAGUCUACGAGGGCGGCCGUCAGGAUGUGACAGGAUGGGAACUGUUCGGGCGGAGAGCCAUCCAGCGAGGAAAAUGGAAGGCGUUGUAUCAGCUGGCGCCCCUGGGUUCCGAUAAGUGGGAAUUGUACGACUUGUCCAGGGAUGCUGGCGAAGUUCACAGUCUAGCAGGUCAGGAACCAGCGGUCUUGAAUACUCUCUUGGUAGAAUGGGAGCUGUACUCUACCGAGACGGGGUUGUAUCUGCCAGAACAAUAG